AUGUCAAAUAUACCGUUUAUCAAAGGAUUACUAUUAUGUGAAGAAUUUUUUAAGCAAAUUAUUCAUCCAUUGUUAAAUAAACAUUUUCCUACUCUUCAAUAUGCAGCCUGUCGUAUUGGAAGUGGCUCAGAUGUUCUAGGAUAUGAUACAGAAAUAUCACGUGAUCAUGACUGGGGUCCAAAAUUAGAAUUGUUACUAAACGAUGAAACAUUUGCAAUAUACAACCAACAAUUAGAUGAAUGUUUUCAACAAAAUUUAAAUGGUACAAUAUGUGGAUAUUCGAUGAAAUUUUAUCCGUAUAUUGAAGAUUCUGGUACAACAGUAUUUGUAAAUGAAUCAACAACAGCCGUAACAACAGUACAAGAAGAAAGGAAAAUGAAACAUAGUAUUGUUAUUAAAACAAUGAGACAAUUUUUUCUUGAUUAUUUAAAUUGGAAUAUUGAUGAUGAUAUAACAAUUUCAGAUUGGUUAACAUUUCCUAGUCAACAUUUACUAACAAUACGAGUGGGUAAAGUAUUUUAUGACACUGUUGGACUAGAAAAUAUUCGUUCAAGGUUAAAUUAUUAUCCACAUGAUGUUUGGCUCUAUUUAUUAUUAGCAUCUUGGCAAAGAAUUGGUCAAGAAGAACAUUUAAUGUGUCGUGCUGGUCAAAUUGGUGAUGAAUUAGGAGCAACACUCAUUGCAAAUCGUUUAAUACGCGAUAUUAUGCGACUAAUAUUUUUUAUAGAAAAACAAUUUAUUCCAUAUUCAAAAUGGUUUGGUUCAGCAUUUCAAAAUUUAAAAAAUAAUCAUUUGUAUCCAAUAUUAAGACAAAUACAACUUGCGGACACAUUUUUGGUAAGAGAAAAGUUUUUCUCUGAAGCUUUAGAAAUAGUAGCCAAAUUACAUAAUGAGUUAAAAUUAACUGAUCCAUUACCAAUUAGAGUAUCACAAUUUUUUUCAAGACCUUUUUCAGUUAUAUGGGGUGGUAUGUUUGCUGAUAAAAUAUUCGAGAGAAUAAUGAAUCCAGAGAUAAAAUUAAUUGCUUUAAAAACAAAAAUAGGAAGUAUAGAUUUGUUUGUUGAUAGCACCGAUGCAUUACUUCCAGAAAUGCGUUUGAAAAUGAAACAACUAUUUACCCUUCAUUAA